CAAGAGCAAAAGAGACUCGGCACUACUUUGAAAGAAUUUCCAGUGAUCUUGAUAUUGCACUGAAUAGGAAUUCUCAAGUACCGAAAUCUCGGCCUAUGGAAUACGAAGAAACAUCAAACAUUCUGUCGGCUACCCGAUCAUGUUUUCGACACACUGCUUUAGAUUAUAUUCACGCUUUGACGAUGCUGCAAGCGCACAAGCGACACGAGAUAUUAGGCACAUUAUUAAGCUAUAUGCACGCGUGUAUUACUUAUUAUCAUCAAGGAAGCGAUCUUGCUCAAGAUUUAGAUCCUUUUCUCAAAGAUCUCGAUGAAAAUUUAAUUCAGAUGAGAGGUGAUUCAAAUAAACUCGAAAAAGAAAUGGAAAAUCGUCAUAUUUAUGUUAACAAUCGAGAUUUGAUUCCUUCUCUGGUACCUGGCAAUUCCAAGAUGGAAGGCUAUUUAUUUAAAAGGACUAGCAAUGCUUUUAAAACUUGGAAUAGAAGGUGGUUCUGUUUGAAGGAUCAUCAGCUAGUAUAUCGAAAGAGAAUAGGUGACGAAGGCUAUACAAUUAUGGAAGAAGAUUUGCGAUUAUGUACUGUAAAACCUGUAGUUGAUUGCGACAGGAGAAAUUGUUUUGAAGUUUUAAGUCCGACAAAGAGUCACAUGCUGCAAGCAGACAGCGAAGAAUCGUAUUUGGCAUGGAUAACUGCGAUGCAGCAGGCUAUUGGCGCUGCUAUUCAAAGAGGCAUGAGUGUAGUUGCUAACAUUAAUCCACAUGAAUUACAAUCACGUGAUAGUCCUACGAGACCAUUGACAAGACUAAAGUCAAGAGUGUGGGAACAGUUAUUAAAGAUCUCGGGUAAUGAGGUUUGCUGCGAUUGCAGCGAUGUUAACCCACGAUGGGCUAGUAUCAAUCUAGGCAUUACGCUUUGCAUAGAAUGUUCUGGUGUACAUAGAAGUCUUGGGGUACACUACAGUAAAGUUCGAUCCUUAACAUUGGAUGAUUGGGAACCAGAAAUACUUAAAGUGAUGGCAGAAUUAGGCAAUUCUGUGGUAAAUAGCAUAUACGAAGCUCUACCUGUACCUUCCGACAUUACUAAAGCUACACCAAAAUGCAAUGGUAACGUUCGAGAAGCUUGGAUAAAAUUCAAAUAUAUAGAUCGUAAAUUUGUAAAACCUCUGACUGAUGUAAUACCAGCUGGGCAUCACGCUAGUCGCGAGCAAAUGCGAUUUCGAAAAUGGAGUGUGCGUAAAUUACGUCGCAGACCACGUAGUUGCGAUAAGAUCGAUAAUAGUAGUGGCAGUAAAACGUUGACAUUAUUACCUGUCAAAGAAACUUAUCCUUCAACGAGCUCGGAUGAAAGUAAACAUACGUCAAUCGACAGUUUGAAUUCCGUUGGUAAAGCAAAGAAAAUUGAACGAAAUUCCGUAAGCUCGGAUGAUAGUGCUAAUAUAGAUUUGAAAAACAAUUCUACUCUUUACGGAAAGAUCUUAAAUCGUUCGCAGAACGAUUUGAAUGAAGUUAGUAAAUAUGUUAAGAGUACAACUGCAACUCGUGAAGAAGUCGCAAGUGUCGAGCCGCUUGCAAAAGAGCUUGGUUCGAUGGAAAGCGAACUGAAAUUGAAUACAACUGAAACAGUGAAUAUUAAUACAUUUUUAGUCGUCGAAUCGGACGACAGUUUCAAUAAACAUACCAAUGAUAAAGUCAAGGAUGAUAAUAAAAACAUUUCAGGAAAUAAAGAGCUUGGAUCAAAGAAGCACUAUAAUGAAAAAGUACAAUCAGCUGUCUUAAUGUUUGGUUGCGAUGUACCAAAACCUGCUAUCGAUAACAAUUUAGAAUUAAGUUCUGAUCAAGAUUCAACGGCUGGCGAGGAUGAAGAAUUUACUGAUGAAGAAGAUAUAGAAAAUCUGCAUCCUGAGAUGUUGCUAUACAAAGCUGCAGCAGCGCAUAAUUUACCGGUAAUGUGUGCAGCAUUAGCGGCCGGUGCUGAUAAGUUGUGGUCGAAUGUUAAUGAUAAAAGCCGCAGUUCUCUACAUCAAGCGAUAAUAAGUGGUUCCGUUAUGUCAUGUGAGUAUCUCCUUUUAAACGGUGCACGAAUCAAUUGUCAAGACGCCGAGGGAAAAACGCCAUUGCAUUUAGCGACAGAAUUAGGACAUACUGCCCAAGUAUGCCUACUUCUUAAACAUCGUGCUGAUCAACAUAUUGAAGAUGAAAGUGGAAUAAAACCUCUGUCAAUUGCUGUAAAAGAAGCAAACGCCGAUAUCGUUACUUUAUUACGACUUGGUCUCUUAAAUGAAGAAAUGAAAGACUCUGAAAUAGGUGUCACCGGUGAUGAAACAUUUAAUGACGUUGUUCGUGAUUUCAGUCAGUUGGCUUGCUCACAUCCCGAACGAUUGCAACGUCGAAAUGAAACCACAAAUUUAUCACAUAUGCCUGAAUAAGGUUUACAAAUUUUUAUAUAACACUCACAUAAAUGUAUAAAUAAAUCAUAUUUUAUAUAUCAUAUGAAUUAGCGCCCGUGCUGCCUUUCAAAUUGUUGCACAGUAUCGAUUGUCUGUUGCAUUAAUGUAAGUAAAAGCUGGAAAUUUUCACACAUCAAAAUUAUUAAAUAUCAAUUGUUUUCAUUUGUUUGGAAAACUAAACCAUUGUAAUUGUAAUAUUCAAAACAAAUUCAUUUAUAUCCUUUCAUUCUUGAUAUAUGUCAUCACUGUAAAAUUGGUCACCUUUUCAUAAUGAUUUCUUACUCACUGAGUAAUGUAGUUUUUAUAACGAGAAAAUGAUUUAUAACAAACGUAUAUACAUCACAUAUAGAAUUUUAUUUUAUACACACACACACACACACACACACAGCACAGCACAGCAUAGCACAGCACAGCACAGCAUAGCACAGGGUGUCCGUCCAUAAAUGUCCAAGCAAAUAUCUCGCAACUGAUUGAAGUUAUAAGAAAGUUUAAUAAGAAAAAUUUGUAGCGGCUCAGCUGCAAAGUGUACGCUAAAUUUUUUUUCUACUCUUGGCUUUUUCAAGUUAUGUGGGUUAAUAUAGUUUUUUUUAAAUGGAUAUCUAUAAUUUUUUUGCAUAUUUAUAUAAUAGGAAGCAUUUGCAAUCAAAAUCAUAUCAUAUAUAUAUAGUAAAAAAUUGCUACUAUGGAUCGUUUACGAGAUAAUCGACAUCUUAAGUAUUGAAUCUUAAGAAGUUGAUUUCCAUAUCACAAUUUGAAAAAUAAGAUUCAGACUAAUAUUUUGAAUUCGGUUGUCAAACAGGAUCACUGAUCUUCAACUGGUCAAAAUACGUGAUUGCUUGUUUUGUAAAUAAAGUAUUUGUCUAACGUAGAGUAUGAAAUUUAGUGCAGUAUCUGUUAGUCAAUCGGUCAGUCGUUUUUUCAAUAAAUACAUAUCAUGUCGUAGAUUACGAAAAUAACGAUGUUUACAAUUAGUGAAAAGUGUGAUACGUUCGAGAUGUGGCAUUUGUCAAGUAUGCGUAAUGAAAAUAAAGCUCAGCUAUUUUAUCAACAAAAGUAUCCAGAACGAACGAUAGCAAACGGCCGUACAUACAUUUCGGCGAGUCGAAGAUUACGUCGAACAGGAUCACUAACAAGACAACGUUGUACAGAAUAGACCAAGAGAAAGAGACAAGUGUGCUAUUAAAUUUUAUUGAAAACAAACGUACAUCCAUAAGAAUAGUAGCAUGUAAUUUAAAAGUAUCAA